AUGAAGUUAUCUACAUUCGCGUUAAUUGCCUUCAUAGGCCAAACAGCAUGCUCCCUGGCUGAGAAACGAUGGUUGGACGGUGACUCUGCUACUAGUACCACUGACCCCGAUGUAACAAGUGAUUGCACUUACUGGGCAAAUAACAUUUCUGCCAACGAUACGUGUGCCAACAUCGAAGAGUAUUUUGACGCAACUGUUGCUCAACUACACGCAUGGAAUCCCUCGUUACUUGAAGACUAUUGUGUUCUUAUUGAAGGUUGGAGCUAUUGUGUUGACGGUCCAGCUGUCACAAGCUCAGCAAGCUCUUCAACAGCCACUGCGACUGGGCAUGUUCAAUCCCAAUUUUCUGAAGUUGGUCCUGACGUUACGGACAUCGCCAGUGCGGCUUAUACACCGACUGCUACGUCUUCUCCGGCUUCUAAUUCUACCUCCUCCUCUACCUCUACUUCCUUGGCGCCUUCUUCGACUCAACAGAGUGGUGCUUCUGGGUUGGACUUUUCUAAUAUAUACAUUUGGUUCUUUGCUGCUUUCUUCGGUCUGGUGUAG